AGCGAAGUGCCCUCACCCCCAAGAAAUGUUCAGGCUUCUGAGGUCACAGAGGACUAUGUUGUAAUUUGUUGGGAUGAACCAGAUCCUCGUGGCAAGGAGCCUCUAAAAUAUUAUGUAGAAAAGUCUGUUGAAGGAAGCAGCACAUGGGAGAGGAUCAACCAGGAAGGACCAGUGUCAUCUCCAAGGCUUUCGGUGCUGGAUCUUGAUAAAGAGAAAUCGUACAGUUUCCGGGUACAAGCUGUGAACAAAUAUGGAGUCAGUGAUCAAUCCGAGCCUAGUGCACCUAUCUCCCUUAAAACAGCAAUGGGUAAUUUUCUGUGACUUUUUCUGAAUAUAAUUUAUAAC